GUGGAGGGAUGGGCGCUGUUGGCUGCGCACGCAAUUGCAGGCUGAGCCGGGCGUCAGCGGCAGCGGCAGAAGCAUUCGCACAUUCCCAUGGGGGGCGAAAAGGGCCCUUGUCAUGCUGCCCACUGCGAAUCAGUCCAAUGUGAAGGGCUUCGGAGGAGGGCGGCCGUUGGAAAUGUGCGAGAUGGAGAAGUCUCUGUCCCUCUCCCUUGCUGCGCCUCCAAAGACCCAGAUCGACAGGAACCUUUCCCCAUUGCCGGACCAGAACGAAUGUACGGAGUACCUGCCCACUGCCUGUCCGGCCGAACGUACUUUGGGAUUUGUACCCAUUUGAGUCUCGACGGCGAGAGGGUCAGUGACUGGCUCGAAGCAGGUCGGCGACUGGCCGAGGGAGUUCUUGGGAUCUCUUCAAGUCUUGGACCGUUCCAGCGGGUUCCAACGUGGUGUCACCUGGUGCGGCCUGGAAAGCAGGGAAGCGAGAUGGUACGGCGGCAUGUGGAAGAUUGUGCCAUUGCUGGGCGCAUUGUUCGAAUUGACGCCAGUGAUGGCCCUGGGUCCCAGAAAUGAGAACCGUCAACAGAGUCCCAGACUCCCAGGCCAGAACCGUUGAGGCCCAGACCUCUUCCAAGUUCCCUGCUGUUGCCCGAGCUGGUCGUGAUCCUCUCAUCGCCCCGGCCAAAAUAGCCCAAUAAGGAGCCUUGGGCGACUCCGGGGACGCAACCUAGGAGUACCGGGGGAGGGAGUUGACGGCUGCAUCUGGGGACUGCCCUGUGGUUACACGUCGUUGAGCCUUGAGGAACCGCAUAUCACCCUGGAGGUGGUUAGCUUACAAGAAAGCCAAGG